ACGUGACCCACGCGUGACUCUGCUGCUGACCCGGGAGCCCCGCCCCCUCAAGCCCCGCCCCUCUCCGCCGGGAACCCCGCCCCCUCUUACCCCUGCAGCCCCCCCCGGGUGCGACCCCCCCCAAACCACGUGCACCGCCCCCCCCGCCCCGCCAUGUCCACGCUCUUCCCCUCGCUCUUCCCGCGCGUCACCGAGUCCCUCUGGUUCAACCUGGACCGGCCCUGCGUGGACGAGAACGAGCUGCAGCAGCAGGAGCAGCAGCACCAGGCCUGGCUGCAGAGUAUUGCCGAAAAAGACAAUAAUUUGGUCCCUAUAGGAAAACCUGCCUCCGAGCAUUACGAUGAGGAGGAAGAGGAGGAUGACGAAGACGAUGAAGACAGUGAAGAGGAUUCCGAGGACGACGAGGACAUGCAGGACAUGGACGAGAUGAACGAUUAUAACGAGUCCCCAGACGAUGGGGAGAUCAAUGAGGUGGACAUGGAAGGAGCUGAACAAGACCAAGACCAGUGGAUGAUCUGACCCGGCUGCAUCUUGACCAGGUUAAAGGCUGCUGGCGUCCGCUGGAGCUGAAGGAGGGUAGGAGAACUCUCCCUUCUGGCUUGGCAUUGCCUACGGGCAUCAGAUGGGACGGCUCGUCAGCACAGGGUCUGAUGGACAGCGGCACUUGGAAGCCUUGGUUAGGGAAGUGUCCCCACUGCUGUCUGUCUCGUGACUAUUUUGUGAAUGGUGCAUGGAACAGAAUCUGGCUCAGCCUCAGGCCCCACAACGGUGGAGAGAAGCUUUCGGUCUCAGUGCCUGCCCAUGUUACCUGUGCCAGGGCAGCUGCUGUUAACGUACAGCUCUGCAUGGGAUCACGGGACGGCCGGGGUGGGACAGAGCAGCCGGGACUGGCUUCGUGCGUCUCUGGCUCUCACAGAAAUGUGGGGGUUUUCCAAUAAAUACCACUUCAAAACAA